CCCCGCGUACGGAUCGACUCGGAACGGAACGUAACAGAUCGUUUAGUCACGGAAAAGCGAAAACGAUCGGGAGAUCGAUCGAUGUGCCACAAUAUUUACGGACCACCGUAGACCACCAAUUACUGAGAGAGAGGAACCAAAAAAACAAAAGCAAAAAUUGAACCAAUAGACGCCGGAAAACAAAUAUAUUUUGCGGUGUCAGCGAGGAUUCCAGUAGCCAAGCUUUGAUAUGCACAUUCUCUGUGUGUGUGGCAUUAGGUAACCGGAGACUCAAAGACCCUGGUGGACACUUGGUGCCUCUUUAUUUAAUCAAAACACUUCCCGUCAUAUCAGCAAAAGGCGAAUAUGAAGCCAUCGCCUCAGUUGUCCAUCCGCUGUUAGCCGCCGCAGUGAGUUCCUUUUAGAGAUAACAAAACUAUGUCGUGGAAAUGCUAAAUGGAAAUGGAUCCAAUGAUUUGUGAUUUGAGAUCUAGCCACAUCUAUUGGCUAUUGAUUCUCAUUUGUAUUUGCGGUUUGGAUCGAACCACAGGUUUCUUUGUGGACUAUACAGAAAACACUGAACUUAUACAGCAAAGAGCCGGCUUUGAUGUCAAGCUGCAGUGCAAUCUCAAAGGAUUAGUGGACGAGAGUAUGUUAUCUGACAUUAAGAUACAUUGGUACUUUAAGCAAUGCAGCGACAACAAUUGUCAUCAGUUGGAGUCUGCAGAAGAGUGGACUGCCUUGCCCUGUGAGCCUAGUCUUUGUCGACCUGAACUCUGGCUUCGUAAUGUCACAGAGCGUUAUUCGGGACUCUAUAAAUGUAGUAUAAAUCCCCAUAUUUGGGAUAGAACCCAGGCUGUAGAUGUGCAGCUGGUUCGUACUUAUCAACUGGAUGUUAAGAAUACCUCUCUGGCUGCUCCUGAGUUUGUGGACUCGUAUCCCAAUAAUAAAACAGCUCUUCUGGGCAGCCGGGUGGUGUUCCAAUGUCGGGUGCACAGCGAGGAGCAUCCCACUAUCAAGUGGUUCAAGCGACACACCUUUAUGAGCACUUCCCAGUCGGGUGGAGAGGCUGCCACAUCAAUGAGUGCCUCGAAUUUCAGCACACACAUUGUCCGUUAUAAUGGCAGAACCUAUGAACUUCUGCCCGCUGCCCCCGAGAAGCUAGUGGGAUCACAAAUGUAUCUCAGCAAGUUGAUCCUGGAUGGUGUGAGGCUCAGGGAUGCCGGUCACUACGCCUGCGUGGCCAUCAGUUAUCGGGGUCACAAGAUACGGGAGGCAUUCCUGGAGGUGUUACCCGAUCCGGAAGAGGAGCAGGAACUGGGUCAGGAGAAGGAGUACUGGGUGGACUAUGACAAUGACGAGGAGAGAGUUUCAACCAGUGAUCCUCUGGAGUUCCUACUGCUUUUCCUCAUGCCCUUGGGCCUGGCAUUGCUACCACUUAUCGUGUGGCUAAGUUACUUGCUCUACAAACACUGUUCGGCGGGACAUGGUCAUGGAAAGUGUCAGGGAAUGGAUUCGGAUGAGGAUCUGGACACUGAACGAUGUGUCCUAGGCGGACACUGAGGCUUUGUUUUGCAAGAUUCCUGAAUUAUGCUGCAUUACGCUUAUUAUGGUUAGAACUAAAGACUGUUUUGUAGAAAUAUAAUUAGUUUUUAAGAAGAAACUAGAACGUAAAAAUAUUCCAAA